CCCUGUGUACUCUGUACUCUGUCAGUCUCUGCGCGGAUUCCACGAUCCGGACGGCUAAAACAAGAUAGUAGAACUGAUAGUGACAUGAUCCUGUCAGACUACAGUCGAGACUUUUCCUAGGUCCUACUUCUAAUGAGUGGCAACACCUAGUACCUGUACAGCCAGCUAGCCUUACUGCUGCUACAGUACUCAGCUCAGAUCAGUAGUGUAGGAUACAACAUUUUUGUAGUGUGGCCGGCAGUGUAGACAGUUGUGGCGUUAGGACGUGGACAACGGGAACUGAGCUGUCUGAAGUGAAGGCAGUUCGGUCAUCCAUCAUUACGGCUAGCUCCAAGCUCCAUCGCGUGCAAGGCCAAGCAUGUGCUGGCGCUAGUCGGUAACGUUCAAACAGUAACUGGCACGGCACAGGCUCAGUAGCGAAAGUAAGAGAGGGUGAGCGUGGGGAGCUGAGGUGAUCGUAACUGGCCCGUUAUCCCUUGUCUAGCCACGAGCUGCAGAAAAUACAGCUGACAGCCGUCAGUUUCCUCAGCGUUCUAAAAACGAAAGUCGAAAGUAAGUUUGGCAAUGGGAGAACGCGAGCAUUUCCGACACUGCAAGACGCACGCGGCUACCCUGCGGUGAAAUGUGCCUCCUCUCCUCUGCCUCAAUACUCUAUCACCAGUGUUAGACAGUGCCCGUCAUAGUUUAUCCGGCAAUAUUGAUAAACGACUAGAAGCCGUGAUUGAUUGCGAUGGUGCUGCAAGUGCUUAGCGGGUAAUGGAAGGUUUGAGACUUCCGAUUGUAAUCCUCUUCAUGUCGCUUUGCCUUGGAGAGGUACGUCUUUGUUUGUCGGUCGUGCCGAGCUCAAGUACGAGACUCGAGGUCUUGUGGGGCUCCUGUGAGGGCAUGUGUGGCGUCUCGGAAGUUCUGUCGGUCGACAAAACAACCGAGGAUGUGGUCGGGAACGGGAAGAGCGACGCGAGGAAUGUGGAACUGAACUCCGCUCGUGGAUGCUCGUGCGUGGAGUCAUGUAGAACUGAGGGUGUUUGCUGCAUUGAUUACGACGAGAGGUGUGCAACAGGAGUUUCAGGGCGUCCGCCACAGCGGCGUGCUUCUGUUGGAACAGGCGACGGAGUCAUCGGUAGUGCCGCUGCUGUUGAGUAUGCACGUGUUAGUAGUCGAUCGGUGAACCGUCGCUUACUGAGCAUCAACAGCAGUCAAGAUAUCGAUGCUGACAAUUCAACAGACAUUUUCAAUGCGACGGAAUCGGUUCCGACGGAAUCAGUAGUACAGACGGAGGAGACAGCAUCCAGCUCAAUGCUUCCAGGCAGUACAACACCAAUGCUCCAGUCUGUAACUCCCAACUCAAGCAGCUCAAACAACAGCCACAGCAGCACACAAACGCCAACAACAACAGUAGGUCCUCAGCAGCCGACUGUCGGCAUGACAACGCUUGCUGAGCAGAUUACAUCAUCAGUAAGCUUUGUCGAUUCGAGUGGAGUAAGCAGCCCAUCCCCAUCGGUCUCCAUGACUACCAUGAACACCUCCAACACGACAGGAACAGGUACGCUACAGAUGAACACUAGCACAUCGUCUCCCAGCUUACUACCGACAACAACAACGGACGAAGAAAAUGACACGUUAUCAACAAUUGUUCCCUCAAAUCCGAGAGGAACGACACUAUCCACAACGUCUCCGACAGCUCCAAGAGGAACAAUGUCGUCGUCCAUGACAUCCCCCCCAACUGCAGGAGGAACAAUGCAGUCCCUUGCAACGUCCCCUCCAACUCGAACAUUUCCGUCGUCCACCACGUCCCCUCCAACGCAAGGAGGAACAAUGCAGUCCCCUCCAACGUCUCCUCCAACAAACCCGGGAGGAACGACAAUACCAUCUACCGCAACGACCCCGUCAAGCCAAACAAGUACUAACAUAUCAGCAACAACAACCGAACUGAACCAGACAACACCAGCAAGUAACCGGAGUACGGACCAGCCGACUUUUCCUACGCCGUCAACUGUGCCGGCGGCACAACCACCGGAUGCCGUGGAUCGACAACUACUUGAUGGGUCGAUUUCUUACAUAUUUGUUGACAGCAACGUCAGCUUCAUCAACACCAGUAGAUGGAUGGAAAACUUUCAAUCACAGUUGGGCCUUAUCUGGCAGAGCUACCUCUAUCAUGGCGAGACUGACGAGGCACGGCUUCUGCAAAACAGCAGCACUGUGGAGAUAGUCAACCGCACUCCGUUCCUGCACAACAUGAGCGACGAGCGCGAGGGAAUCGAGAUGGCCUUCUACGUGCGCUUCAACGGGACGCUCGUGAACAAUUCUCAGUUUCCGAUCGUGCUGAACUGGGUACUGCCUGUUCGGCGCAUGAUUCAGGAUCGGCUACGAGUCACCAUCCAUGAUGUGCGGCCUGUCUCACCUGAGCUUUAUAGGGAGAUUCUAGGCGAAGAGCCAACACGUCCAUCAUCCUCCUCACCAUCAUCAACAACAACAUCAUUGUCGCCAUCAUCAUCACCAUCGUCCGUAAUAGGGACAGACACCGCUUUGCCACCGCUGGAGAUGAGCAGCAUCAGUUCAGACCUCUUGGCGUUCGAACUGCCACUCGCCAUUGCCCUGUUUGUCCUCAUGCUCCUUGUGGCAGUAUUCAUGUUUGUUCUGAGACUGCGUGCCAAGCAGAGACGGGUCAAGUAUCCCUCUGCGAAGACACGUCAGAGAUCGUCAAGACGGUUCAUGACCGAGACCAGGACCAAUGGUCAUCAUCCCCACACCUCUGUGUAUGACAAUCCCGAUGCCGAUGUAAAGACAGAUUAUGAGGACAAUCCCUAUCCGGGACCGGUGUUGAAUAUGCACCGGCAUAGCGUGACCGAGGGGCCGAUGACGCCCAUCGUCAUCGUUGGGCCACAGGGUGCGGCGCCCGCGCCUGUAAUGCCAGUAGCUGCGCCCAGAAGCACACGGAGUUCUGUUGUUGGCAGACAAAGCGACGCAGAGCUUCCAUCAUCAGUGGAAUACCUACGAGUACAUCAGCCCAAUACGACUCCACUUUGAAAUUGGCCGCCAGUCACUGUGCCAAUUCUAUAACCCGGUACCCAUCUAAUUCUCCAGCUAUUUUUCUCCACAGCAUUCAACAGCCCAGCGGCGUUGAAGUGGUGACUUCUAUUUAAAGAAUUCCGUGAAACAUGACCUGUUCGGACUCUGAACAGUAAGUGCCCCUUUUGACUACUUCGUUCUGCACUACCCCCGAGUCCAUACUUGCCAAACUUUGCCGUGCGUAAACUUGAUUACAACAUAUUGCAUGUGAGUCUCUUUUAUAUGAAAUGUUUGCCAGUAUUUCGGCAGGCAAGUCUGUUUUUCCCCUGCUGUAGACGUAACAACAGCAGCAUGAGCCGCUCAGCAGCUUUGGGUGUGUCUCACCACUGAUUGAGGUCAUGAUCCUGUGUAGCACAUGUGGCAGUGUUAGUGGCAUAGUUUCACGCCCGUUUCUAGUAUUUCUGCAUUAUGUAACCGUAUAAGAACGUUGAAUCCAGGCCUGCAUUGGCACGGUUAGAUCUUUCAUUUACUGUAAACACUCUUCUCUGCUUAGAAAAGUUAAUACUCAGUGACUACAGAAGUAUACGUACACUGAACUGUAUGUUAUUCCAGGAUUUCUGAACUUGCCGAAAAAAAUUAAUAUUUUUUGGGGACAGAAGCCCUUCUUUGCGUUC